AUGUGGAACAUCCGGAUUCUGAAGAAGGGAGAGAAGCCCCUUCCUUCCCCGAAUCACGGGCUACCCAACAGCCAGGCGCCUGCCCCGCGACCACAGCCGCUGCAUGCGUAUCCACAACCACCCCAAGUACCGCCCAACUUGCAGCCGCAACCCCACUCCUCGCCGCCGCGCUCCCAGGUCGCCUCUCCCGCCCACCCACCACGCCAGCAGCAAUCAAAGGAAUCCGCCGCGUCCAAAUUCAAGGGCCCUCCAAGGGCAAUCAUCCUUGAAUUUGCGGUUUUUGCCCCUUCGGUUGCCCACAAGAUUGCCCUAGCUCAGAAGGGGAAACCGACGCCGGCCGUGCCCAAAUGGUCGAAGUUAGGCCACGCAGGCGUCAUUACCUGGAUGGUCCACCUCUCGGACUACUCGUUUGACUUGUUCAAACGAGAUUUCAUCACAAGGGUGUCGGUCGAUCGCGAACAUGUCUGCACGCAUUUGAGGAAGUUGGAGUUGGAGGGCAAUAAGAUCCAGUGGCGGUGCACGAUCCACAACAAUCGUGUUUUCGGAGUCGCCCGCAACACGGCAGUCACAUCCGAGGAAGAAUGGUCGAACUUUGUGACGGAGGUAGCUCGCAACCCCGGGAAUGAGGUCAAAGUGAAAAUCACCAUGCAGGACCCAUCAGUCCUGGAGAAGCAGGCUGCCGCGGCUGACAUGUCCGCAGCUCAAGGCAUUGAAGCUGAUGGAACAUUUGUCAACCACAUUCUGACCAAAUUGGAACAUUCCAAACCACUCCAAACCACAUUCCAGCCAAUCUCAUCAGCCCCAAUCGCUCAAGUCCUCCCACGCUGCAUUCAGCUUUCCCAAGGCUUUCGCCCCGCUGCCUUUGGUUCAAAGCCGCCUCCCCCUCCCAAGUUCCACACCCACAACCAGCCCUAUCGUCUCCCUCUCCCAAUUUCCACACCCGCAACCAGCCCUAUAUUGCGCAGUUUUGUAACCGUCCCUCCGCAGAUACAUCAGACCUCCAAGCCUGCCAUCGCUCCAAAGGCACUACUCCUUGAACUUAUCAAUCAGUCCGAUCCUAUUAACCUAGUUUUUUUCACAUCUGUCCCAAUGUCUCAACCAACACAAAACCAAAACUUUCCAGGCCAAGCAGGUGUCCAACGUUCUUAUUCUCAAACCCAGUACGGUCCGCCCAGUACCAAUAGUUCCAGUUCCGAGAUUCACCCCCAAGGAUUGUUUCCUCCGUUAUUGGGUUGUCCUAACUCGUUAUCUGCACCGGUCCCACUUGGGCAGCGUGGGCCUGGACCUCUUCAAGCCUCUCUUUGCUCCUAUAGUAGUCGUACUCCUUUGCGAGAUGUGCAGUUGUUACAAAAUCCCACUGGCGUCCUCCCUGCAUGUGGCACUCCUAUCUACUCUGCCCAUUCCAAUCCCUUGGCGCAGAUUGGCCCGCGUGGUAGUCACCCCAACCCCUUCAUCCCAUCUCCUCUAGAUUGUUUGGCUCCGGCUCAUCCCACCCAUGGUCCCCAAAGCUCUCCUCCCUUUCACCCCACCGCACCAAGGUCCUCUGAAAACCUUCCCCCUCCUUUUCAGUUCAGCUCUGCUCCCCUCCAAUCAAAACCUGCCCCAAAAAAACAAGCCCCCCGUAAGAAAAACACUGUUUGCUUCAAUACUCCCAACGGUGCCCGUGUGGAGCCAACGCCUUCAGCUCCGCUUGCACAAACUCAAUCCCAGCCAGUUCCUCUGGCUACCUCAAGCUCGACCCCAUCCCAGCAGAUUGAACUCAGUGGUGAGCCGAACGCAGAUGUUUUGAACGAGGGACCUGCUCCUUCUGUCAGGCAGAGGGCUCCUCCCGAAGUGAUGGAGAGGAUUCAGAAUGACCCGCUUGACCAACUCCGCGAUUGUGCGGUCAGAUACACCGAUUACGUCCGCCUCCUACCGGACGACAAAGUUGCCCUUGAAGAGGCUUACCGUCAGUAUCAGAGGGCUGUCCAUCUCAUUGUAAUUGAGAGGAGGUUGCACCCACAGCCAGCUCUGCAGUACCUCGGAAAUGAGGUCCGCAUCCGUGGACCAACCAAUUUCAAAAACUUCUGCAAAUACAAUGAGGUCGCUAGCCCCAUCUACCACGACAAAUCACAGCAGAUCUCCGACCAAAUGGUUCAAUGUGGGGAACUGUGGCGCAAGUUGGAUCAGGAAGAACAGGACCUCUGGCGUGAUCAGGACUUUCUCAACAGCAUAUCUCCACCCAAUGAUGUUUCGCCCGGUCCGGAGGAUUCACCCGAUUCAGUCACUCAAUGGAAGAAGCAAGAACGAUUCAAACUCACCAUGUGGGUCCGCAAAGUGAAGCGUGAUCUUAAGAAUAUGAGCACUUCACAUCAGGUCAAAGGUUUUUUUGCUCUGGCAUCGCGCGACCCUAAUAGCCCCAAACUUAUCACCGGGGGGAGCAUAUUGGCUGAGGAAUUCCUUGACGUGCUGGAGUCAGGCUCCAAUACCUGCAAGUUGUUUUUCAACUUUAUUAAUGGCCAAAAAGCUGUCAAGGAAAUCUUGGGUCAGUACCCUUGGCCAAGUGUCAAGCGCAAGAGACGCUCUGGAAAAGAACCCGAGGAUGGUGAUUGCCCCUACAACCUUGGUAGCAAGGUCGCCAACGCUGCCAUAGUUUGUGCGGAGCUCAAGCAAGAGUUGGCCGAGGCUACCCAUGGCGCCUGGACCGGUGGAUGGCCAGGUACAAAAACCACGCAAAAGUUGCGUGAUCUGGGUGUCACUCUGCAAGUUUGGCCAAACAACAAGAAUAUUGUACUGGCCGACUUUUGUGCUCGGCCUUUGCAUAUGCGGAUCGGCCAAACUCACCGUAUUCUGACAGCCUUUGCAAACGGGUGGGUACGACUCAUUGGUCCUCCAAACCUUGAUGCCUCGGAUGAUCAGAUUCAGGCUCUCGGGCAUGAGCCUGACUCAGACGACCCGGACGGAUCCCCAUGA